AUGUCCACUCGACGCCCAAUUCUCAUUUCCGGCGCAGGCCUUGCCUCUCUACUUUUUGCCCAAUCCCUUCGGCGUAGCGCUAUCCCUUUCCGCGUCUACGAGCGUGAUGCUUCUCUUGCAUUCCGUGGCCAAGGCUACCGGCUGCGUCUUUCUGACGAGGGGCUAGAUGCUAUUGAAUCCGUGCUGGGCUCCGAGGACUUUGCACGCUUCUACGACAAGUGUGGCAAGACGGGGGGCGCUGGCUUUGCCGGUCUCGAUGCUAUCACUGGGGAGCAAACAGAGGGCAAUGUAGGCGGAGCCAUGACACAGCUAUCAAGUCGGAAUGGAAAGACGGUAGGCAUCGCAAGAGGGGAGAUGCGUAAGCUCUUCUUCGAGGGAUUGGAGGACCAAGUCGAGUUUCAGAGACAUGUCACGGGAUAUGAGAUUGUCGACGGGGGUGUCCGAGCGGUAUUCGCGGACGGGACCAAGUCGGAGGUAGGUGACAUGCUGAUUGGCGGGGAAGGCAUCCAUUCUAGAGUGGCGAAGCAAGUCUCUGGCGGGCGGCUGGCGGUCUACGAUACCGGCGCACGAGGCAUUCACGGUCAGGCGCCGACGGGCGCUUUCAAGGAUCUAGGCGAGGGCGUCUUUCGCAUUUCAGACGAGUCAAAAGGGAAAGACUCCCGUGUGAGCAUAAUCACAAACGUGCGUCCGAACGAUAUAAACAACCCUGAUAUCGAGUAUGGCUGGACCAUGGUGGGACCCCCAGGUCUAAUUAGGGCGCCGAAUGACGACUACAGUAUCGUGGGAAGCACGGCAGCAGACUUGGCCAAGAAGCUGACAGCGGACUGGCACGAGAGAUUUCGACCUUUGUUUGAACAGAUGAACACCAAGGAAGCCGCAUUCUGGAAGAUCACCUGUUCGACUCCUUCAGGGGUCCCAGAAUGGCCAAAUGAGCCUCGCGUGACGGUCAUUGGGGACGCGGCGCAUUCGAUGACGCCAGCCGGUGGUAUCGGGGCCAACACUGCCGUGCGAGAUUCGGCGCUGCUAGGCCGUUUAGUGAAGGAAGCUGAUGGGUGGAAGGAGGGCAUCACCGCUGAAUAUGAGACGCGUAUGCGAGUAUAUGGAAGUGAGGCUGUUGCAAAGAGCUACGGGCUUGCUACCGAGUCCUUCCAGAUUAAGAUUAUAGAGGGAGAGACUGUCACAGUGUCAGCGCAAUGA